ACGACUUGCUAGUACGCAGUAGAUUGCGAAGGCGAAAUGCCAUACACAAACCUAGAAUAAAAUGUUCCUCAAAUCUAUUUUUUGACGCACAAUUAAUUCUAAGCCUAAUUUUAAUGUUUAAAAUAAUCAUCCCCUUCCGUAGUGUAUUUAAGGGAAUCGUGCAGCAACCACUUUCAUUGAAAAAUUCCAUAUUCUACACGUCAAUAAUGAGCGCGAAAUGUUUCGAGGGUCAAUUGGAUCGUUAUAAUGGUGUGAUAGUAGACUCGACCAAAGAGCCAUGCGAAUCGGAUGUGUUCUCAAGUCGCCUUAAAGUUUCGUUAAACAGAUGGUUGGAAGAAAAUAGGCGCACAAUUUGGUUUCGAGUCAAUCUUGAACAAGCAGGAUGGAUACCAGUUUUGGCAUUAGAAGGUUUUAAAUUUCAUCAUGCAAAAGAAGAAUAUGUGACGUUAUAUCGAUGGCUUCCCAAAGAUCAAUCUGCAAAUAUUCCACCCUACGCUCACACAAAUCUUGGAGUUGGUGCAUUUGUACUCAACGAAAAAACGAACGAAAUUCUUGUCAUCAAAGAAAAAUACAUAAAAAUUCCAAUGUGGAAAUUACCUGGAGGCUACGUUGAACCAGGCGAAAAUAUCAGCGAUGCUGCAGAAAGGGAAGUUCUUGAAGAAACCGGAGUUAAAGCAAAAUUCAAAUGUCUUAUAUCUUUUAGACAUGGUCAUCAAUAUGCUUUUGGAUGCUCCGAUAUCUACAUGAUUGCUUGCUUAACUCCCUUGACUUUUGAAAUUAAUAAAUGUGAUCGAGAAAUUUCUGAAUGCAACUGGAUGAAGGUCGAGGAGUAUGCAGAGCAUCCCCUAGUUCAUGAAAAUAAUCGCUUCUUCGCAAAAAAAAUGCUCGAGCAUUUCAAUCAUCGUAUGGGAAUUGAAGUGGAUAAUGUCACCCAUCCUAUUACAAAAAAUCCUAUAUGUGUUUAUAGUAUCGAAAAUGUUGAUGAUUAACUUUCGUAUUAAUUUAAUUACAAAAAUAUAAUUAACAAAUGGGAAAAAUUUUUUAACAAUAAGAAAUAUAAGAGAAUGAUAUAGAAUCAAUUACAUUGCUUUUAAUUAUUUUAGAAAGUGAGAAAAAAAUUAUUAGUUGCCUAUUUAGGGCUUUUGUGAAAAGCAAUGAAUUUACAUUAUUUUACUGUACAAAUGCAGCAAACUUUCGAUUUGUACCUGAGAUUUGUAAUACUAAUUACUAAUUAACAUAGAGCAAUUUUUAAUAAUAUUUACAAAAAUAGGCUAUUAUUUUAUAGUAAAUUAAGAUGUAAACUUUUCCUAAAAUGGCCAUGGUCACUAAAAGCCAGAGUAAUUGUUUUAAUACACCUACGUCUUUUUACGAUAAAAAUAAAUGGAAAUGAAAAAUAAUACUUUAAAA